GGAGCGCUUCGGUAGCUUGGAUCAUCGACGUUGAAAGCCACUGCUUCUACUGGAUAUAGAUUCUGUCCUAUUUGCCCAACCAUGAGUGAUGGAAGCAUACCGGACGUACAAGUUUGCAUUUCUGAUGCCUACGAUUCGGGCAACGUCGAGUUUGUUUCCUCGGAACGAGUGGACGGCGUUUGGACCGUCCACGUCCGCAUCAAGCCCGAUGUGUACACUGCACUCGAAAAGAUAUCGCAUAUGCAGUAUUUCUCCUUCCGUGCGACCGUCAACAACAUCAGCAAACCGACCAAAAUUGUGUACGUGAUUGACAAUGCGUCCAAGGCUUCCUACCCCGCCGCUUGGACCGGUACCACAGUGUGCUACAACACGACCGAUCCGGAAGAUUCGGAGGCCUGGUUCCGGAACAGCACGACUCGUUACGUCGACGGAACGCUAACGUGGACGCAUCUUCACGUCUACAAUUGUAGUUCCUACUUUAGUUACUUUCCGCCCUUCACGUACGCGCGUCAUUUGAAACUCGUUGGCCACCUUCAACUGGCGGCGGCCAAAAUUCCUCACGCCAACGUCGAAAGUCUAGGGCAAACCUUGGAUGGUCGGGAAAUUGAAUGUGUUACAAUUGGCACUGGUGAUAAAAUAUGCUGGAUCAUUCACCGUCAACAUCCCGGUGAAACCAUGGCGGAGCACUAUGCCGAAGGCUUGUUGUAUCGCCUCUUCCGAUUGGAUGACGUGGAAGAUCCGAUCGUGGAACAAGCCUUGCAGCGUUUCCGUUUCUACGUUGUACCCUGCAUGUGUCCCGAUGGCGGAGUUCGCGGGCAUUUGCGGACCAAUGGAGUUGGAGCGAACUUGAACCGGGAAUGGGCUACCAAGGGCGACUACCAAGCACCCACCCUAGAACGAUCGCCGGAAGUUUACCACGUGCUUCACAAAAUGGACGAAACUGGAGUGGAUCUGUUCUUGGAUGUUCACGGGGACGAAGAACUGCCUUACAAUUUUAUUUCGGGGGCCGAACAGACGCCGGCUUGGAGUAAGCGGCUGGAAUCCCUGCACGGUGCGUUUGUGGCGUCCUACCAUCGUGCCAAUUCUGACAUGCAACAAGAAAUAGGAUAUCCACCGCCGGAAAGCCGCGAGGAAGCUCAGAAAUACAUGAAUGUUGCGACAAAUCAAGUAUCGACGCGCUUUGACUGUCUCGGGAUGACGCUGGAAAUGCCGUUCAAGGAUUGCGAAUCCAACGUUGACCCCGAUCGUGGAUGGUCCGCGGCGCGAUCUCGGGCAUUGGGAGCCUCCGUGUUGGGGCCCUUGCUGUAUGUUUAUCCGUAUCUACGGGACGAAACGGAGUUCUGGACUACCUUACCACCGGAAGACGCCUACGUGGAGCCCCAUGAUGACUAUCAGGGCUUUAAGCCUUUGACGAAACGUCUCUAUUCUGAUGUUCGCGCAACCAGCAGUAUCACCAGUUGA